AGGAAAGGAACUGAAGGAAAUGUUGCCUCAGGGGAAAAAGAAAUCCAUUCUAAAUGUAAAUAAUUGUUAAUCAUAUGGUCACAGCAGCGUGAGUGGUGCCAGAUUCCCUGAUUUGCAUUUGUCAGAAGCAUAUGAUCAGGUGGAGUGCCACCAUGCCAUCUAAUCCAGAGGCAGUCUGGCUUUAAGAGAUGUGAUACAGUCUUUACACUCAGUCAGGCUGUACGGGAACAUUUGUUUCUUAGUGCUCGCUAAAGGGGGGACUCAGCGAGAGCCGCUGCUCAGAGGCUGCCUCUCACUGGAAGGAUGCAGACGGUGAAAGAAGAGAUUCCACUACAGUUAAUUAAGGAGCACUCUGCACGUGCCUAUAAAUGCGAAGGGGCAAAUGAAUUCAGUGUCAGUGGGAGCAGCUCCUCAAGGGGAAGCAGUGAUAUUUCAAAGGUGGAAUUGAAAGAGCUGUAAAUCUAUUUCCUGACUCCGGCUUGACGGUCAUUUCUGAAUCACUGGACUGUUGCUAUCAAAGUGUGGAGCAGGGAGGCAGAGUCAGUGGAGUUCCCUCCUCGAGCCAAAUUCAGAGUUAUUGGAUGGGAUCAACAUGAGCAGCAUUAUGGAUGGAUUUAUGUCAUUCUGUUGAGAUAUUUAUAUACUCCUUGUUGGGUUGCUCAGCAGAUGUGUCCUGUCAUGUCCUGGCUGCUCUGCCUGUGCCUCUGGGUCAGUGUGACUGCCAUUCAACUGUGUCAGGCCACUUUCUACGACACCAUCCAACAGCAUCAUGGGACGAGGCCUGAACGAACCACCAUUCACAUGAUUGAGGGGGGCACAUGUGAAGUAAUUGCUGCUCACAGAUGCUGUAAUAAGAAUCGUAUUGAGGAGCGGUCACAGACGGUCAAGUGUUCUUGUCUGCCAGGGAAGGUGGCUGGAACCACAAGAAACAGACCCUCAUGUGUUGAUGCAUCCAUAGUAAUUGGGAAGUGGUGGUGUGAGAUGGAGCCUUGCCUGGAGGGGGAGGAAUGCAAGACGCUCCCUGACAACUCAGGCUGGAUGUGCUACGCCGGCAACAAGAUCAAAACCACAAGGAACACGCAGCCAUACACAACAUCAACAUAUUAACACAUUGCAGAAAGGAUGCAAGGGAAUGCCUCUGGUGCAAGGGUUAAUUUGCAGCACUGACAAAGGACCAAUUACCACAAAGACAAUUAACCUAUUGUUGCUUUAAGAAAUGUGAACACUUCU